AAGGCGACAGUCGCGGAGCACAUGAUAGUAGACGUGGCGCUACAACCAAUCAUGCUCAGUUCAGUCAUAUCGGCUCGGUGUUGGGCGCGCAAGACGCUUCUGUAGCGAUGCAACUCCCCGGUCCCAUGCACCCACAAUCCUAUGGUCAGCCAGAUCAUCUUUCAAGGCGUGCUGUGCCAGCGGGAGGUCGAGUGAGAGAAGCCGCCCGGGAGAACGGCGGUGGACAGGGGAUCAGAGCUGGACCGGGGAACAGUGGUGGAGCGCCAACCAGAGAUGGACCGGGGAGUAGAGAUCAGCGGAGAGACGGAGGCGAGCAGGGAAACAGCGGGCGAAAGAAAAAGAAAGGCCGACAGGACACGAGAAGCCAACAGGAAAAGCGAGGUGGACCGCCGCGCAGAGGUGGACCGCGCAACGGAGGUGGACCGCGCAACGGAGGUGGACCGCGCAACGGAAGUCGUCGCUGAUCAAAAGCACAGCGAGACCUGACCAUGCCCCAUGGAGGAUCACGAGCCUAGGACGAGGAAUUUGCCCGACCUGCGCAACGCCAAUACACGGUACAAGAGUUGCUGUCAGCACGUUACUGAGACUCGAAUGUCAAUCGACGACAGAUUGGUUGAGCAUGGAUUUUG